AUGGGUUGCGGAUGCUCACGAGACCUCACCCCUUCUGAGCGUGCGAUUGAGGAGCGAGACGUCGCCACCCUCGAAAUGUCGCAGAAACUCGAGUGGUAUGCCCUCUUGGAACGAGGAGUAUCAGAGAAGAGAAAGAAGCAAAAGAUGAGGGAGUAUCGCAAGGACUGGAAAGACUUCAACGGUCGCAGACCGCGUGGUUUCUGGGGCGACUCUCCCAACUAUCGCGGGUGUUAA